ACACACACAGUGGGCACCUCGGACUCCUGGUUAAGGCUAUUCCUGCUCUUUCAGCAAGCCAAAUUUGCCAUUAUGCGCGAGAUUGUUCAUCUACAGAUCGGACAGUGUGGGAAUCAGAUCGGCUCAAAGUUUUGGGAGGUGAUCAGUGAUGAACAUGGCAUUAACAGAGUUGGAGCAUACGAGGGCGACAUGGACCUUCAGCUGGAGAGAGUCAAUGUUUACUUCAAUGAAGCACAUGGUGGAAAAUAUGUUCCAAGAGCACUGUUAGUGGACCUGGAGCCGGGCACUAUGGACAGCGUGAGGGGCAGUCAGAUUGGACAACUCUUCAGGCCUGAUAAUUUUAUACAUGGCAAUUCUGGAGCUGGCAAUAACUGGGCCAAAGGUCACUACACCGAGGGCGCAGAGCUUGUGGAACAGGUUGUGGAUCGCGUCCGGAAUGAAGCAGAGAGCUGCGACUGCAUGCAAGGCUUCCAGUUCGUCCACUCAUUAGGUGGCGGCACUGGUUCAGGAAUGGGUACCCUAAUUAUCAAUAAGAUCCGAGAAGAAUAUCCUGACCGCAUCAUGAAUAGCUUCAGUGUAAUGCCCUCGCCGAAGGUUUCCGAUACAGUUGUAGAGCCAUAUAACGCGACCCUAUCCAUUCACCAACUGAUCGAGAACACAGAUGAGACGUAUUGUAUCGAUAACGAAGCGCUGUACGAUAUUUGCUUUCGCACUCUAAAACUCACAACGCCAACCUAUGGAGAUCUCAACCACCUUGUAUCUCUCACCAUGAGCGGGGUCACUACUUCCCUCCGCUUCCCAGGCCAACUCAAUGCUGACCUUCGGAAGUUAGCUGUCAAUAUGGUGCCUUUCCCACGUCUUCAUUUCUUCAUGCCUGGUUUCGCUCCUCUGACAGCACGUGGUAGCCAACAAUACCGAGCUCUAACGGUGCCCGAACUCACCCAGCAGAUGUUCGACCCCCGCAACAUGAUGACCGCAUGCGAUCCUCGUCGAGGACGAUAUCUAACCGUUGCAGGCAUUUUCCGCGGUCGGAUGUCCACUAAAGAGGUUGACGAACAAAUGCUCGCCAUUCAGCAGAAAAACAGCAAUUAUUUUGUGGACUGGAUUCCUCAUAACGUCAAAGUGGCCGUUUGCGACAUCCCACCACGAGGGCUCAAAAUGGCCUCCACCUUCAUCGGAAACAACACCGCCAUCCAGGAGGUUUUCAAGCGCAUCGGAGAGCAGUUUGCACUGAUGUUUCGACGCAAGGCUUUUCUGCAUUGGUACACAGGUGAAGGCAUGGACGAGCUGGAGUUCAGCGAGGCCGAGAGCAACCUGAACGAUCUGGUGUCAGAAUACCAGCAGUAUCAGGACGCCACCGCCGAUAUGGAUUAUGAAGAAGAGGAGGUGAUGGAAGAGGAGUCUUCAAUAGCGCACAGCACUCAAGUGGAGAUUAAGACUGAAGUGGUCACUGAAACUUCAGUCAGUGAAUGAUGUGAGUGUGGGAUUUAGUGAACGAGUGGGACGAGUGGAUCAGAUGUAUGGAGUGAGCUGCAAAAAAUUAUUCAGAUGCUAAAAGUCGCCAUGAAAUUAAAAUUGGCCCUUCUUAUUUUUAUGUUUAUAUAAUAAUAAUAAUAAUAAUAAUUCGUUACAU